AGCUUAAGAUGGAGCUAGGUGAUGAAACUGAUUUAAUUCUGAUAAUGCACAGGUUAGCGAUAAAGAUAUGAUGUGAAAAUCAACCAAAACUUACAAUGAAGAAUCCGACAAGGAAAGCCAAAUGACCAAUCUUGAAUGAUUCCUGUUUGUGUAUUUCCUUAAAUACCCCUCUGGUUUUAAAACUUGUGCUUAUUUAUUAUCUUCAGGAAAUGAUGUGCUUAUUUUUAUAAAAAGAAGCUAAAUACUGCAUGGAAAACACCUUGAGCACUUAUUUAGUAUGCCUGGUAGUUCUUUACAAAUGGUAUUUGUUAUUUAGUCAAUUCUUUUAUUUAUUUAAAAAGUCUACUUUUUAUUUAACCGAAUUGGGACAUCAGGGAAAGAAAAUGCCACUUGGUAGGUAAUAAUCAAUUCUCUUCUUGUGAAUAAAAAUAUUAUUUAAAUAUAUGAGAGUUUUGUUAAAAAGUUUCAUUUUUUUGCAGGAAUCUCUUCAUUCAGCUGUGAUGCUUGAACAUGCAUCUUAUUGUGUUACCUUUUGUUUUAGCCAAACCAAUUAUGUUAAGAAAGUAUGGAAUUCACCUGAAGGGCAGCCUGCAUUUUUUUCUGGUCUGGAGCUUUAUGUUGCAGCAAGGUAACAAUGAGUCUUAGGUAUGCAGGUCUGUUGCCUACAUUUCCAACUGGUAUUCAGUGUGGUGGCAUGGACCAUGAACUAAUCAAAGAAGUCCCCAACCGGGGGCAAAAAGGGAAAUGUGCUUCAUGAAAGCAACAAGAGUCCAAUUCGAUUAUCCUAUGUAGAAGAUGCACUUCGCACUCUUAGUUAACCAAUAUUUUAAUUAGGUGUGUAUUUAAUGCAAAAGAGUCAAGCAUCACUUAAUAAAGAUGUCAAUGAGGUGUUCUUCAGGAUUAUGCAUAACACUCAGCUGAAGAAGUUUAUGAAUGAAUACAGUGAUAAAUGGAGCAAACUCCUGAUGAGAUUGGCAGAAGACGUGAACAUAUUAUUUGUGAAAAUAUUUGCCCAGGAGACGACUUCCCAACUUUUCAGUGACAGCCUUGUUGAUGGUCAUGGUCAAAGUCAGAAUCAUGGUCAAAAUGAUAGCGCCCAAAAAAGUCCCUUUACCCACCAACCCUCUCCAGAGGUGGACUUGGUUGUGGGAAUUGGAUCGAAUGGAGUGUAUCGCCUUUCGCUCAUCUCUCAACUUAAUUUAGUCCUUUUUUCCCUUACUUUGUUUUCCCUUUCUUGCUCUGUUUGUUCGUAUUGUUAACUUUUGGCUUGUUGUAGCUUCUUGCUAUUUGCCUCCUAUAAUAAUAUUUGCCUUUUCUAAAAAAAAAAGUAAGGAGUGUGAUACAAGUUUGAUAGAAAAUCAAGAAAUAUAGAAUGAAAGCAGGAUAUGAAUUGAAUGCAUUCCUAUAUUUGAGAGAUGUGUCUUUCCAAAAGUAGACUAAAACUGAUUAACACGUAAAGAUAAUCUCUACUACUCAUGCAACUAACUUUUCCACCUAAACUACAAGUAUAAUGACUGAACUACCCUAAAGGCCCUAAACCUUGCAUUGACCACUUGCCUUUUUGCAUGAUAUAUUGUUGACUUAGUCGUUCUACAACUUUGAUCUUGGUUAUUGCCAAGUAACAUGCCACAAUUAUUUGCAGAGUAAUUUACAAUUUUAACCUUGUGAUAUUUCAAAAGUUAUGGUUUUCAUCUAGAUAUUUAUUUGUUGUACAAGUGGUCGAUAAA